AUACUUAUUUUAUCGAUCUCAGGUGGAGGAAAAAACGAAGUUAAUCUCGAUAGAAUUUGAACGGAAGAAGUGGAAGGGACGUAACCUGAGAGGGCAACGCCUUAGUCCAGAAUUUCUUUGCGUCGGUCGUUGUUCUGGUCCUCGUCGUCAAAAUAAUUAUCACUGUUGUAAACAACAUCGAACUCAUAUACUGUUUACCGGAGCGAUAAUGAAACAUAUUUCCCUUGAUUUCUAACCUUAUAAAAUUUAGGUUCACACUGUUCACCCGAACUAAAGUUACCAACUUUUUUCUCCUUCCCCCCAAACGACAGGACACAUCUACAAAUCCCAACGAUACUAACAAUAUCUGGUCACCAUGGUUAAUUACCGGUUGAGUUUAAUGAUAGUCGCGUCCGCUAUUGCUCUUCCCUGGUUACUAACCACAUUAGGAUGUUGCCCAGCCUUCCUUGUUGGUAUUGCUAACAGGUUAAAAGUCACCGAUCUUCUAAGCCAGUUGGAAAAUGUGUGGAGUUUGCCAUAUUUAUUUGGUUCCAAAAAGUCGAAUAACGAUCAUUCAACCCCAGUGACCGCAUCGCCUCACACUUUAGAUCCAGACAAGCUAGAAGAAACAGCUUCGGGUGUUUUCACAAAGUCCGAACUAUCUAAAUACAUAGGUGAACGAGAGUCAGCUCCUAUUUAUCUAGCUGUCUUAGGCCAUGUUUUCGAUGUCAGUUCAGGCAGGAAAUUUUAUGGUCCAGGAAAACCCUACAGUUUCUUCUCAGGUCGAGAUGCUUCUGCUGCUUAUAUGACUGGAGAUUUCACAGAGAAGGGCUUGACUGAUGACAUUGAGGGCUUUACAGGAAACCAGCUAAUAGGUAUUGGAGAAUGGGUUGACUUUUAUAAACAAAACUACAAACAUAUUGGCUAUGUUUCUGGUAAGUUCUAUACCAAUGAUGGUCGGCCUACAAAAGUCUUGGACAGAAUCAAUGCAAAGAUUGCAGAAUUUAACAAACAACAGGGAAUGGAUAAAUUAAGAGCCAGCAGGCCCCCUUGCAACAUAGAAACAGACCAUAAAGCAGGCACCAGAGUGUGGUGCACACAAAAGAGUGGUGGUGUGCUGCGAAAUUGGGUUGGUGUGCCACGUCUGAUGUACAAGCCAGGGGACAGCACGCUGUCGUGUGUGUGUGUACAGCUGUCAUCCUUGACUGAACAUGAAAAGCGCUCAUCUGCAAUUCGAAGCUACCCAGGGUGUGAACCAACGUCCACGGCUUGCCAAGUCCCCAACAGCGUCAACAUGGACAUCCUUUUACAGGCCAACUAACUCUCCGAUGGUAGGUGGUUAGUGGCAGUGCAGAGGUCGGAGAAGUGCUGUAGAGACUGGAGUAAAGUCAAAUGGAUUAAUAAAUUGAUAAAAGAAGGAAAUCAAGCUAACCUCUGGCCAUAUGAUCAAAGACAUUCCAUCCAUGACCAUCUCAUAUUUUAUUCAAACAUGGUAUAUUAAGGUGCUGAUGGUUAACCCUUUAGUGUUCUGAUUAUUCUAUCAAACAUAAUGCUUAUUGAUUCCCAUUGAUUUGAAUUAAUCAUGCAUUAUCUCAUAUCUUUAAGAUCUUGAUGG